UGUGCAGGUCCUGUUUCGCCGUUGUUCGCCGUCGCUAGCUCACCGUUCACCUCACUCUCAUUCUCUCUCAGUCUCGCCGUUGUUCCGCAGUCGCUCGUCGUCGCUCGUGCAGCUCUGUGGUCCACUUUGAUUCCUUGCGUUAAGUGUUCAUGUGAGGUGAACGGUGACCUGGUUACAGAUGAAACGGUAGGAAUGUAGGAUGGUAAUGUCGGAGAUGUUAAGAAUGUGGGUGGGGGUGACAUAGACAUGCACUUGCUGACACCAAAAAGUUGACCCUUUUGGGCUGUGAUGAGAUGAGAAGAACAUGUUCUAUUCCCCUUCUAUUUCAUUACAUGGAAAACAUGGAAUCAUUCACCAUAGAUUUUAAUACUCGAGCGUUAUGCAUUGAUUUGAUUCCUUCUAUUCAUGAUUGAAACUCAACUGAAGUGAUCCACUCUUAGUUUGAGCUCUGAGGUUUAACUGAAGCCGACCAAUAUCUAAACUUAACGGGUUCCUUUAUUCGGCUGAGUAUGGCGGAGAGCCAAGAUCAACUAGAGAUCAAGUUUCGAUUGAGUGACGGGUCGGAUAUUGGCCCCAAAAGUUUUGCUGCUGCUACUAGAAUUGCAGCACUGAAAGAAAGUAUUCUUGCUCAAUGGCCGAAAGACAAGGAGUAUGGCCCAAAAACUGUAAAAGAUGUGAAGUUAAUUAAUGCCGGAAAAAUAUUGGAGAACAACAGAACAGUGGGGGAAUGCCAGAGUCCAUUGUGUAAUCCCCCUGGUGGAGCUAUGGCGCUAUAUUAUUAUGUCCUUUUACACUAAAAUGUAUAACUUAC